UUCACACUAUUUCGCUGCCCUGGACAAUGGCUAAUUACAGCAAUCCGACAAUAAAAGCGAUUACGUGAGUAUUAAAACACGAUUCGAAGUACGGAUAGCAGUACACACCAUAACACGACGGAGCACAGAGCUACACUGCAACGACAUGGAGCGAGACUCAAACUCCUGUUUUAGCUUUGUUCGGAGGGAGGCCUAUCCUCCAGUCAAGCGGUCCUCGCCGGUUCAUUCCUUUGCCAUCCAAGACAUUCUUGGACUAGAGAAAGAAAAAUGCAAAGGAAAAGACGACCGACCUUAUUCCGGUUUAAAUUACUCGCUCGAGAGUUUAACGCAGCCGGAAAAAUUUAGUCUUUCAACAGAUUUGAAAGCCGGUAAACAAGACAAGAGCCUUGGAUUAAUAGCAAGCGAGAAGGCGUCCAGCAAAAAAGCUAAGAAACGUCGGCAUCGGACCAUAUUCACAAACUAUCAGCUUGAAGAACUAGAAAAAGCAUUCAAGGAGAGUCAUUAUCCCGAUGUCUACGCAAGAGAAAACCUGUCCCUUAAAAUCGACUUACCAGAAGACCGAAUUCAGGUCUGGUUCCAGAACCGUCGCGCAAAAUGGCGUAAGAAGGAGAAAUGCUGGGGCCACAGCUCCAUCAUGGCAGAGUACGGAUUAUACGGCGCCAUGGUCAGGCACUCCCUUCCCCUCCCCCCUCACCUAACACCCAGCUCUGCGCCAUGGCUGCUGGGAAUGCACAAAAAAGCCAAACAAUCAGAGGACGCGCAGAAACUGGAACCAAGCGAGAGAGAGCAUGCGCUGGACUCCGAGGACGAGCUAAGAUCGCACAGCAUCGCCUCGCUAAGGAAACGUGCCAUAGAGCAUGCGCAAAAUCUACAACACGAGACAGUCAAACCGGAAAUUGACGUCACGAUGUUGAAACGAGAAUGCGAGGACAGAGAGACCCCGUCACCACCCCUAUCAGUAGAUGAUACAGUCUCUUCGCCAUAGCGUUAACCGGGUGGGCGUUUUCUUGUAAUAUAGAGGAGUUAGAAUGAAGGUAGAAUCAUCAAAGUAUCGUAGCGCAAUCACAUUUUGAUCAAUUUUAGAUCCCCUUUGGCCAGAAGAUAUCUAGCACAUGCAUCUUCUAAUUUGUACAAUAUUCCACACCUAAGGAUGGCCUGUGCCAGAUUCUAAUGAAGUUGACCCUGAAAAAAUGAACGCUCAAUCACACUUCAAUUAGCGCUUUUUUAAUCAAACGUCGGAGUGUACUGUUAGUAAAAAGGAAAACUGGUUUAUAACUCUACCUUAAUUCCUCUGUCCUACUGAAAUCAAACGUUUAAAUUAUGGUAAUUUUUAUAUAAGAAUCGGGCUUCUUACAAAUCGUGUUUGUGGUAAGCGACGUCAUUUAUUGCAAAACAUUAGGUAAACGCACAAAAUAAUACAUAACUUACUUGUUAUGUUAGUUUGAUUUAAACUAUCAGAUUGUACAGUGGAGAGAAUAUAUUGUAAAUAUCGAAUGAACAAAAGAUACAAGAAAUGCAAGCGAAUUAUUUAUAGAGAAUGCACAAAGAGAAAGAAAAAAUCUGUACGUUGAAUAAACUAUACAUCAAUCUA